UGGACCACUGGGAAGAUGGAUGGGCACGUCCUGGGAUGGAUCGUCCUCCUGUGCCUCGCAGCUGAGGUGGAAGGGUUGCAGGUCACUGUGCCUGAGAAGAAGAAGGUGGCCAUGUUAUUUCAGCCUGCUCUGCUUCGCUGUCAUUUCUCUACUUCUUCCACACAACCAGCUGUGGUACAAUGGAGGUACAAAUCCUACUGCCAGGACCGGAUGGGAGAAGCUCUGGGUAUGGUGACUUCUGGUUUGCAAACAAUGAGCAAGAGGAACCUGGACUGGGAUCCCUACCUGGAUUGUGUGGACAGCAGGAGGACAGUCCGUGUCGUGGCCUCCAAACAGGGAUCUGCCAUCACCAUAGGAGACUUCUACAAGGAAAGAGACGUCAGCAUUGUCCAUGAUGCAGACCUGCAAAUUGGGAAGUUGAUGUGGGGAGACAGUGGCCUCUAUUACUGCCUUAUUAUCACACCAGAUGAUGUGGAGGGCAAGAAUGAAGAAUCAGUGGAGCUGCUUGUGCUUGGCAGGACAGGGCUGCUUGCUGAUCUCUUGCCCAGUUUUGCUGUGGAGAUUAUGCCAGAGUGGGUCUUUGUGGGCCUGGUGAUCCUGGGGGCGUUCCUGUUCUUCCUCUUGGUGGGGAUCUGCUGGUGCCAGUGCUGCCCACACAGCUGCUGCUGUUACGUCCGCUGCCCCUGCUGUCCUGAGUCCUGCUGCUGUCCCCGGGCACUGUAUGUAGCAGGCAAAGCAGCAAAAGCUGGGUACCCUCCUGCAGUCUCUACCAUGCCAGGUCCAUACUACAUCCCCAGUGUUCCUGUAGCUGGUGUCCCAUCUCCUGCUGUGCUGAUGGAUAAGUCACACCCACCUCCCUUAGCCCCAAGCGAGGCCAGUGGAGGAAGCCAAAAUGCAGUGCGCAAGGGGUACAGGAUCCAGGCUGACAAGGACAGGGAUUCCAUGAAGGUGCUGUACUAUGUGGAGAAAGAAUUGGCUCAGUUUGAUCCGUCUAGGAGGAUGCGAGAACGAUAUAACAACACAGUGUCUGAGCUGAGCUCGCUGCACGAGGAGGACCUGAAUUUCCGCCAGCCCUACCGGCAGGCACGCAGGAAACCUCUGCCCCCCGCCGGGGACAUGGACGGCGACCCCGAGUACUGGGCAGGAGUCGUGGGGGGAGGCGGCACCUCCAGGUCACAGGCUGUGUCUGAUUACAGGGAUGAGAGGGACAGCUACUGGCACAGGAUAUACACCUACAAGCUCAAGGAUGAAGGAAAAGCAGGUCCAGCCCUGCAUAUUGAGGACAGGCUGGCGGCCUUUGCCGAGUCCUACAGCCAGCGGCCGCGGCGGGCGGACAGCCAGGAGCUGCGGCGCUUCGAGCGCUCCGAGUCGCACGGCGGGCGCGGCGCCGGCGGGGGGCUGCCCCACCAGGACAGCUCCAUGGAGGAAUACUACACCAAGCGCUGCAGGGCCAACCGGGAGCCGCUCACGGACUCGGAUCGGGGCUGGUCCUACAGCCCGCCCCGCAGGCGGGCCCACGAGGAGAAGCAUCUCCCCAGGCUGGUGAGCCGGACGCCGGGAGGGAGCCAGAAAUACGAUCACUCCUACCUCAGCAGCGUCUUGGAGAGGAAAUCCCGGAGCUACGAUGAGAGCGGUGACCACUGUGCAACCCCCUCGAAGCUGAGCUCGCAGCCCAGCCAGAGAGGAGGCAGCACGUACUAUGCCUGGUCGCCACCCUCCACCUACAAAGCCGACAAGUCGCAGCCGCCGCCGCCGCAGUCGUCGUCCCCCGAGCAGGACGAGGAGGAGGAGGACAGCCUGCCCCCCUACAGCGAGAGGGAGCUGAGCCGAGGCCCUUCCUACAGGGCCAGGGAACAGGCCUACCUCAAUGCCUCUGACAAGAAGAGGAAAAAGGACCCCAAGAAAACAAAUGAUUUCCCAACAAGGAUGUCCCUUGUGGUUUGAAGUUGUUGUGGACCUGUCAUGUUGAUGGGCUGGAUAUCAUGAGGUGACUGCAGUGGAGAAGAUGCAGAGCAACAAUCAAGACAUGCCUCUGUGAACCUUUGCAGCCAUCAGCCAUGCACUGUUUCAAUUUUUUGUUUCAUCCAGAGGAGCUGAGGCUUUUGUAAGAGACAGACUCCCAUGGACAGCACUUGAUCUCAGAGGCUCUGGGAGUCUGCCAGGACAAUGGGGCUCUCUUUGGCACCCUGUUUUCCAGUGCCCUCUACUCUGCACUGGACAGCAGCCACAUCCCUACUCGCCCUGCAGCCCUGAGCUACAAGUGAGGCUGCCUUUGUGCCUCUUGCCCUGCCCCAUGUGCAGAGGGAGGCAUGUGUACCUCUUGCUCUCUCUGUCUCCUCAGUUCUCUGUUUGGAUCAAAAUUGUCUCCAUGCUUAAAACCUUUUUUGUAUCACCCCCGUGCUGGGAGGAGGCUUUGUUCUUACAACUGCAGACCGCCUCCAGCUGAUCAGUCCCUAAAUCAUGAAAGAAAAUCCACAUCCUUUCAGACACUGUAAGAAAAUGACUGAUGAGAUGUUACCUUGAUAAGGGCUGAAUGGGGAAAGAGACAAUUAUGAGCUGGUUUGUUCAAUAUACUUAGUUCUGUUCGUUGUGUGAUGAGAGUUGCAGGUGAGAUUGAUGUAUUGUUUUGAAAGUGGGUCAAAAUAGCUUUUAUUGUGAUGAGAGCAUGAUUUGUUUCCUCCCUGCCCCCAACUGUGUUUUGUUUUGAUGCUGUUGCAUUUCCUUGCAGCUCAACUGUGACCCUGUAGAGCUUCAAGCUGGAGUACCUACUCCACUGUUUUAACAGCAGUGGUCUAGCCUUCCUAGUGCUCUGCUUCCAGCACCACCAGACACCUCUGCCACUCUAGUGAGUGGCCUUUUUGUUUCAAGGAAGCAAAAAGGGGACAGUCUCUGUGAGAGGGCAGCUGCAGACCUUCAUUCUAUGCCACUGGUAUCACUCCUUUCUGGGAAUAGUUUCCCAGAAGAAGAAGAAGAAACUACUACUGAAAAGAGUAGUAACAGCAGUGGGAAAAGAAUAAGCACUGUGGAUGGAUACAAGCCUUGAAAGUCACCCCUUUCACUUCAAACCAUUCCAUUCACUUCGGCUGGGAUGUGGUUUUAGUGGCUGUUCUCUCAGGAAUAGCUUUAUUUAGAAAUGAGUGCUUCACACCUUUUGGAAGCCUGACAUUCUGGUUUUUGCAGGGUAUUAUGCUGUCAGUUAUUUAGCUGUUAAAAUCAUCAUGUGAGGGAAGAUGAUGGGAACAUUUUAAGGUCCAUUUUAAGGUGUUUCUAGUACACCUAGAAACAACUUAGUGCCCUGUUGUGUUGUGGACAUUAUCAGCCUCUGAAAUGACAUCUUUGUUAUUCCUCUGGGAAUUUGGGAAGCUGUCUGGCCUCAGAUGCUCAUACUGGCAGUACUGUUUGGAACACAGGGUAUAUUAACAUCACUGCAGUUCUCCGUAAAACCGAUAGAUUAAUUUCAAUAAUGCUCCUUUGCCAGAUAGUUCACCCACCAGGAGUGCUCAGGGGAGAGGAAACAUAAUCUCAAUAUAUUUGAUGACAGUUUUCAUGUGAGAAGAUGAAUUGAUAAAAGGCUGAUGUUCUUCUCCCACGCUCCUCUAGUGAUGACUGUACUUUUGGAAAUCCCGGUCCUGGGUCUUUCUGGCCAGAGAGGGAUUAGCCAGCAGGAACAUACAAUUGUGGAAUUGCAGAAUUGUUUGUGCAGGAGGUAGCCUUCAAACAUUCCAUUUAAAGUUUCAACUUUGUGCAAGGCACAUCUACAUAUGAGGUUGCUUGAAGCCCCAUACAAUUGGAUCUUGAACACUUUCAGGGAUGGGACAUCUGCAGCUUCUCUGGGCAACAUGUUCCAGUGUCUCACCACCCUCACAGUAAAGAAUUUCUUUCUUGUAUCUAAUCUAAAAUUACCCUCUUUUACUUGAAAAUCAAUUCCCUGGUAAAAAGUCUAUCUCCAGCUUUCUUGUUUCCUCUAGGCACUGGAAGGCUCUAAGGUCUCCCCAGAGCCUUCUCCAGGCUUAACAGCCCUAACUCUCUCAACCUGUCUUUAUAAGAAGAGGUGUUCCAGCCCCUCUGACCAUUUUUGUCCCUCUCCUCCACACCUGCUCUAACAGGAACAUGUCUUUGUGUGGGUGGUCCCAGAGUUGAGCAGAGUACUCUGUGUGGGGUCUCAGGAGAAUGGAGGAGAGGGCAAUUCCAUUCUUUGGCCUGCUGGUCACUCACCUGAUGCAGCCCAGGAUAUGAGCACGUGGCUGGCUCAUGUCCAAUUUUCAUCCACCACUAUAAAAUCACAGAAUUGUUGAAUGGUUUGGAAGAGUCCUUAAAGAUCAUCUAGUUCCUCAAGUCCCUCUCAGGGCUCCCAGUCCAUUCUUACCCCAGUGUGUAUCAAUACCAGGGGUUGCCCUGACUCAGGUGUAGCACCCCACACUUGGCUGUGUGGAACUUUGUGAGCCCACUCCUCAAGCCUGUCCCAGGGUCACUCUGGAUGGCAUCCCUUGCCUCCAGUGACUCCAUGGCAUCACCCAGCUUGGUGUCACCCUCAGACUGCUGAGAGGGCACUCAGUCCCAGAAUCUUUGCCAUUAAUGAAGGUUGGACAGUGCCAGCCUUGGUGCAGACCCUUGAGGGACACCACUUGUUACUGAUUGAGCCAUUGGCUGAUGCUCUGGAUGUGGCCAUCCAGCCAAUUCCUUGUCCAUCAAGUAGUCCAUCCAUCAAACUCAUCUCUCUCCAGUUUGGAAACUAAAAGUUGUGUGGGACUGUGUCAAAGGCCAGAAGUCAAGGUGCAUGACAUCAGAUGGAUUUUCCUUAUCCAUCAGUGCAGUCACUCUGUCAUAGAAGGUCUCCAAGUAAGCAGGAGUGAUUUGUCCUUGGUGAAGCCAUGUCUUUAAUCACUUCUCUCCCAUCUACAUGCCUUGAGAUGACUUCCAGGAGGAUCUUUCAGGGCACAGGGGUGAGGCUGAUUGGUCAAGGGUUCCCAGGGCCUUGUUCUUUUAUCCAUUUAAAACGGGUCUGAUGUUUCCCUUUUACCAGUCACUGGGGACAUGACUGCCUGAGUGCCAUGACUUUUCAAACAGGGAAAGCAACUUAGCAACUGCACUUACCAUCUGCCUGUAUUCUGGAUGGAGAGAUGAACAUUUUAAGUAUUUUCAUCUUUUUUUACCAUUAAUAGUGUGUGCCUGGGAAAAUCACAGCAUGGUUGGCAAGAGGUGGGCAGGUGGCUGCCAUCUAAGGUCUGUGAGGCCUGGAGAAGAGCUACAGAGCUAUUCUACAUGCUGUUGUAAAUCUAACAUUUCAUUUCUGACAUAUGAGGAUUCUAGCAAGCUCGUGUUUUGUUAGUCUGAAAGCCUUGGCAACCCCUGUGCCAUGAAUUUCAAGAGAGCUUAGCCUGCUUACGUUUCCAUCAGACCCAGGAAACAGCUGACAUAGAAAUUUGAAAGUGCAUUUGACUAUGCCAGAAAGGGGGCAAACCAGUGGUUUUACAAUCUCUGAAUACCUCUAUAUUUUAAAUCAUACUGGAAGCCCGAGCAUUACAGUCUUCUCAUUUCAGUUAUGUUCUGUCCCUUAUUUCAGUCACUGUAGUUUAUUUGAUCAAGCCCUCAGGAAUGAGUUGUGUGUAUUAAAAAUACAAGUCUUCAUUUA